AUGUCAUCAUUCUCAGGCUACACGUCUGGUGCUGCGCCACUAUGUAUGAAUUGCCUCAAUCAUUCACUAAGAACUGAGAACUAUCAACUCCGACAAGCUUGUCGGUAUUAUACCGACGAUCGAAAUCGCCGCAUAGAAGAACUCAAUGAAGCAAAUCGCCGUAUAGAAGAAGCCGAUGAGAAAAAUCGCCGCUGUGAGCAACAAGCGCACAGUCUUGAGCAACAAGUUCACAGUCUUGAGCAACAAGUUCACAAUCUUGAGCAACACAUUCACGAUCUUGACCAGCAAAAUGAAGAAAGUCGUCGGGAAACGGACCUCAUCGCUAAGAUGCAGAAGGAUGUGAUCGAACAUCAGAGCGAAUACAUCCAAGCUAUAAUAGCUAAUGGUAAUGGAGCAGCUAUCCAGGACUCAGAAAACACUCAUUUCGUCCCAGAGCAUGUCUCAGGAAGCGAGACGUUAAGCACACAGCAGCUGAUGGAUUUCAGUGAAUGCGAGAUAGGACCCUCGCCCAAGAGACAGAAGGCAGAAGACUAA